CAGAAUAUGCAGCAAGAAUGGGCCGGAUGCGCAUGCGUACACGUCAUCGCGUCAACAACGAGUCACGUGCUCACAUCCGCGUCCGGGAUUAGCUGCUGAGGCGGAACCUUUGAAAGACAGAUGUUGCUGCCGGAAGACUAAAGCUGAGACUCCGGAUGAGGUCGUCUGCUAUCGCUGGCUGUGGGUUUGCUAACAUGUCGAGAGCCGUGAGAAGAGCGCUGAGCACCGGGGCGGACGCCGCCGCCGCUCGGCUCUCCGGCAGCCGCUGGGAGAGGCUGAAAAACGGCAAAGCAGGCGUGUGGUGUCGCAGCCUGCUGAGCGACUACAGAGAGGCGUGCAGGGACAUGGUUGUGGGCGCCCGGGAGCGUCCGCUCAAAGCCUCGUUGUAUGCAGUGGCGCUGGGGGGGGGCUGGUUCUGCUUCCACUCGCAGCCCGGCCAGUCCGAGUUCCAGGCGGCCCUGGUGGAGCGCUCCAACCAGCUGGGUCUGCUGUCGCCGUGGACCCGCAGCGCGGCCUCCGACGCUCACGUGCAGAACCUGGUGAAGCUGCAGAGCCAGGGCAGACUCCGCCUCCUCAGCCUGGGCCUCCUGUCUGUGGUUUACGGGGUCGACCACGACCCGGACACCACCCUGUACGAAGCCCAGUGCUCCAGCCUGUCGGCGCCGUGGAGGGAGAUCCCUCACAGGGUUCUGGACGUGGGCUUCUGCUGGCGCUGGUGGGUUCUGGAGUCAAAGAUGAAGGACUACGAUGUGAACGAGGAAGAGUUCAGGCACCUGCCAGCGGACAUGCAGAGGACGUCUCCCCCUGGCCUGCAGGGGGUGCAGAGGAACGAAAGCCUGCACAGACAGUCCUGGCUCCCUUUGCCUGUGGGGGCCCAGGAGGAAUAACCUGGAAACGGGGGGGGGGCAGACCGUGGAUGUGCUUCCUGUGAGCAGCACUGCUGCUGCUCUGCUGUCUGAAACAGCAGCUGGGGAUUCAAACUAAAACAUCUGCUGCUGCUCAAGGGGCCUGUUGUCUUUGGAGAGUUUUAAAUAAAGCUCUGAGAACCCCCCAACUA